GGUAGAUGGAUGAAAACAUUCGGUGAACAUUUGCAGAGAGUUUAACAAGGACGACAUGGCAGCGGGCAGUUUGUGUUCAGGAAAGUCAAAACCAAAAAACCGCAGGAAUUCCAGCGGCGGACGACUUCGGGACGAAAUAACGGCGUCGGGCUGUCGGGGUAGAAAUGUCACUCGUGUGUGGACAGUGGCACGCCGUGAUCACACCCAGUGGGGAGAGCGCAGAAGAGACGGACAGACGGAAGAGACCCUCGAAUGGCUGCCGGGCGGACUACGCAUUCCCACACCUGCAGUGAAGAUCUUAAAAAGGAUUUUAGUGCCCCCAAAAAGAAGGUGCCGACAAUAUGUGGAACCAACUACCCAGUGAGCAUUGCGUUCAUCGUCGUGAAUGAAUUCUGCGAGCGUUUCUCCUACUAUGGCAUGAAAGCUCUGCUGACCCUCUACUUCAUUCAUUUUCUACACUGGGAUGAGGACCUGUCCACCGCCAUCUACCACGCCUUCUCGGGCCUCUGCUACUUCACUCCAGUGAUUGGAGCCCUGAUUGCUGAUUCGUGGCUUGGAAAGUUUAGAACGAUCAUCUACCUGUCCAUCAUUUACGUCAUCGGGCACGCGGUCAAGUCCGUCGGAGCGAUACCCAUCGUGGGAGGACACACGGAGCACGUAGCCUUGUCGUUGACCGGACUGUGCCUCAUAGCGUUCGGGACCGGCGGGAUCAAGCCCUGUGUGGCCGCCUUCGGAGGAGAUCAGUUUGAAGAAGAGCACAAGGAAGAGAGGAGGAAGUUCUUCUCCAUUUUCUACUUGGCCAUCAAUGCAGGAAGUGUGAUCUCGACGUUUGUAACGCCCCUGCUGCGAGGUGACGUGAAAUGUUUCGGGGGCGACUGCUACGCCCUGGCAUUCGGUGUCCCUGGUGUCCUGAUGGCCAUAGCACUGGUCGUCUUCCUGGCUGGCAGCAGUCUGUACAAGAAAAGCCCCUCGCAAGGAAACAUUCUGAUGGAGGUCGGCUGCUGCAUCGGGUUUUCCCUGAAGAAUCGCUGGAGGCAUCGCUCGGCUCGAUUUCCAAAGAGGACCCACUGGCUGGACUGGGCCGAGGAGAAGUACAAGAAGACCCUCAUCAGUGACAUCAAGAUGGUGACCCGUGUCUUAUUCCUCUACAUCCCCCUGCCGAUGUUCUGGGCGCUCUUCGAUCAGCAGGGCUCCCGUUGGACGUUGCAGGCGACCAGGAUGAACCUGAGCUUUGGUACCUUCGUCCUGAAGCCCGACCAGAUGCAGACUUUGAACGCUCUGCUCAUUUUGGUUUUCAUCCCAAUCUUCGACAUGGGUCUGUACCCCCUGAUCAAGUUGUGCAAAAUAAACUUCACGCCCCUCAAGCGGAUGGCGGUCGGGAUGAUCCUCGCUGCUGCUGCCUUUGCUGUCGCCGCCAUUGUGGAGGUUCAAGUCAGCGAGACGCUCAUUCCAGCGCCAGCUCCCAGGGAGACCUUAUUUCAAGUGCUGAACCUGGCAGAGCGGCCCGUUGAUGUCACUUAUCCGGGCUCCGAUGUUCCCUUCGAUACAUUUCAUCCUCUUCAGGAUCCGUCACACUACAGGAGACUGACGCUGGAGGAGGACGCACAGGACGUGAGCUUUGAUUUGCGGUACAACAGUAUGGACAUCACCUGCAACCAAACAUUUCAUGGUGAAAAGGCCUACAGUCUGACUCUGUUCACCCGUGGUGGACAACUGGAGUGCAAACUGCUGGAAGACGACAUAAAGAAGCCGGCGAAAGGACUUGCUGCCCUCAGAUUCAUCAACAGCCUUCAAGAUGAUGCAAAUGUCACCAUCAGCGGGAAAUCCUUUUUUGUACCCAAGGACCACGGAGUUUCAGCUUACCAGACUCUGGAAAGAGGAGUCUACAAAAAAGUGGAGUGCGCAGUGGGAUCUAAAAAAUACGACUUGGACGUCGACCUUCUGGACUUCGGAGCUUCCUACACGGCCAUAAUAACAAAGAAUUCAGAUGAAAAUAUCGAAGUUACAAAAACAGAAGACGUCCAAGCCAACAACGUGAACGUGGCCUGGCAGAUCCCUCAGUAUGUGCUCAUCACGGCUGGAGAGGUCAUGUUCUCCAUCACUGGACUGGAGUUUUCGUACUCGCAGGCGCCGGUCAGUAUGAAGUCCGUGCUGCAGGCCGGCUGGCUGCUCACUGUGGCCUUUGGAAAUGUCAUCGUCCUCAUAGUGGCGAAGGCAGCUGUCAUGGAACAGUGGGCAGAAUUUGUCCUGUUUGCCUGCCUCCUGCUGGCCGUCUCCAUCAUCUUCUCCAUCAUGGCCAGCUUCUACCAAUACGUGGACCUGACGGAGCCUACAGAGGAGCACAAAGACAAGGCCGAGCUGAACGACUCGGGCAGCGGGAAGGAGAAGGUGGAGGAGCAGCUGCAGUUGCAUCCGCUUAAGAAAACCAAAAUCUAGGCAGCUGAAAAGAGAGGGGAACCUUCCUCCUCCUCGCCUUCCUCCCGCAGCUUGUUUGUGCUCUUUGUCAGGCGCCUCACAGAUUUGCCUGUUUAUGUUUCAUUAUUUGAAAUCACUUCUGAUGAAAAUAAAACCUCAGCUCGUUUGUCUCCUU